ACCGUUUCCUCCCCAGACAGGGGAGCACAAACCCCAGCACAGCCUUCCUGUGUGGUUUCAGCUGCCCAGAGAGUAUCAUGGACUUGGGGAAGCCAAUGAAAAGCAUGCUGGCCGUGGCUCUCCUUGUCAUUUUCCAGGUGUGCCUGUGCCAAGAUGAGGUCACAGAUGAUUACUUCGGAGACAACACCACGGUGGACUACACACUGUACGAGUCUGUGUGCUUCAAGAAGGACGUGCGGAACUUUAAGGCCUGGUUCCUCCCGAUCAUGUACUCUGUCAUUUGCUUCGUGGGUCUACUGGGCAAUGGGCUGGUCGUGCUGACCUAUAUCUAUUUCAAGAGGCUCAAGACCAUGACUGAUACCUACCUGCUCAACCUGGCCAUGGCGGACAUCCUCUUCCUCCUGACCCUUCCCUUCUGGGCGUACAGUGCAGCCAAGACCUGGGUCUUUGGUGUCCAACUUUGCAAGCUCAUCUUUGGCAUCUACAAGAUAAGCUUCUUCAGCGGCAUGCUCCUGCUUCUUUGCAUCAGCAUCGACCGGUACGUGGCCAUCGUCCAGGCUGUCUCGGCCCACCGCCACCGCGCCCGCGUCCUUUUCAUCAGCAAGCUCUCCUGCGUCGGCAUCUGGAUGCUGGCCACCGUGUUCUCCAUCCCAGAGCUGCUGUACAGCGGCAUCCAGAAGAGCAGCAGCGAGCAGACGCUGCGGUGCUCUCUCAUCACGGAGCACGUGGAGGCCUUGAUUGCCAUCCAGGUGGCCCAGAUGGUGGUGGGCUUUCUGAUUCCCCUGGUGGCCAUGAGCUUCUGCUACCUUGUCAUCAUUCGCACCCUGCUCCAGGCACGCAACUUCGAACGCAACAAGGCCAUUAAGGUGAUCAUCGCCGUGGUGGUGGUCUUCAUAGCUUUCCAGCUACCCUACAACGGGGUGGUCCUGGCCCAGACGGUGGCCAACUUUAAUAUCACCACCACCACCAGCUGUGAGCUCAGCAAGCAACUCAACAUCGCCUACGACAUCACCUACAGCCUGGCCUGCGUCCGCUGCUGUGUCAACCCUUUCUUGUACGCCUUCAUCGGCGUCAAGUUUCGCAAUGACCUCUUCAAGCUCUUUAAGGACCUCGGCUGCCUCAGCCGGGAGCAGCUCCAGCAGUGGUCUUCCUGCCGGCAUACCCGGCGUUCCUCGAUGAGCGUGGAGGCCGAGACCACCACCACCUUCUCCCCAUAGAGGCUCCUCUGCCUGGACUAGAGAGACUCCCACCGUGCCACAGAAGAACAAACACUGGCCCUAGCUACCUCAACCAAGUUUGCUAAGAGAUGUGGCUGAUAAGCUACCAGAUCCAGCAACACUCUGCCACCACAGCUGUUGUCCCCCAUCCAAAAGUGAAAGUCGAGAAAGUUCACAGCUCCUGGAGUGAAGGGAUAGGUGUUGGUCAGAGUGAGUUGGUGGAAGAGCCUGGGGAGCCUUCGGAAUGAACUUUCAGGGGCUGAGUCAGGGUCUUCCAGAAAACGAGGCUUUGUCUCCAAGACCAGAGGUGGUAGGGAGACUUCUUGGCUUGGAAGGGAAAGGGAGACACCGAUGGGUCAACUAACUCUCUGAAUUCCUCCCUCUGUCUCUCUUUAUCCACUGUCAUCCAAGCCAGCAAGAAAUGGCAGUCUCCAAGCCUCUCUACAAGCACACUUGCCCCUCGCCUGCUGCCUCUCCUCAGGCUGUUGCCCUCAUGGGCUCUCCGCAGGGAGGGGUGUGGUGUUUCCUGUAGGCCAAGCCCGUUGCCUCCAGCCGGCCAAAGCCAUGUUCCCAGCCAGGGCUCUGGGGAGGGGAUGACGCGUGGCCAGACCUUCUCGUGUCUCAGCUCUGCUAGGAGGGAGGAUUGGGCAGAGAGAAAGAUUAGGGGCCCGGGUGUGGGUGACAAUGCUGGCUGCCCAAAGCCAAUGAGCUGCUUCUUUGUUCUUUGUCACAAGGACAGAAUACUAUUCAUCCUGUUCUGCUUUCAAUUCAUUAAGAGAGCACAUUUUACUCAUAUACAAAUAAAAGUUUUCCCUUGAGGAAAUAAGAGCUUUAA